AUGCAGACCGUCGGAUGGAUGCCGUCGCCAAACGGGAGAGGCGCGAUCGAUAUUAUCUUCGCCAAUGUUCUAGCACUCUUCGUUUCCCGGAGCGACAGUUCCUGGGCUGUCUUCCUUCGACGAUGCCGGUGGGCGACGCUUGCGGUUACGGCACCUGAAAUGCUCACACUCUUCGCGGUCAUGCAAAGGAACGCGGCCAACACGUCGUGGACACUGGUCCACGCCUUUUACGCCAACGCCGGGGGCUUCGUCCUCCAAACGCCAGACUUCCCGCCCUUCCCCACCAACGCUACGUCCAUCCACCACCUGUGCUCGCAGAAGCGGAUCGAGCUACCGGACAUAUCGCGAGACAACGUUUGGGAUCGCAGCAAGGCAGACCAUUUUGCCAAAUGCGUUGCUUUGACCCAGGUCGGCCAACAGCUCACUGUCACGCCGCUCGAAGUCUUCACCGUCGCGUUCGUCGUCCCUUCUAUCAACGUUGCGGAGCCUACGGUCAUACGAAAGCCAGCUUGGGACGGCUGGCGGCGGCGCCCAUCACUCCUUCACUUUGGCGGGCUGAAGAAACGGCCCCUGACCCGGAUACCCAACGACUACUCCCCGCCGCCCUCGACAGGGACGGAGGCUACCAUCGUGUGGGUCGUCUCGGUUGUACACGCGGCGCUUCACGUACUGUGGCGAGCCAGCAGUUUGACUCUGCUCGCUGUCACGGCGAUUGGGGGCUUGGUACCGGUGCUCUCAACAUACCCCUGGUCCGACUUCUCGUUCAGCAUGUUUAUGAUCUGGGAACGUGAAGCGCGGAAACAGACGUUUGCCAGGCGGUGGCUUUUCAGUCUGGUCGCGGAUUCAGCAUACGUGCUGUACAUCCUCGCUCGGCUCGUGAUUCUGGUUGAGAUCUUUGCGGCCUUCCGCGCGAUGCCUGAGGAUGUGUACUUCGAUGUUGACUGGGCGUCUUUUUGGCCCCAUGGAGCAUGA